AUGUCUGCGACUCACCGAAUGUCCCUUGCAGAGAAGCACGAUACAAUCGUAGCACUCCAGCAACACCGCAUCAACACUCUGAUAGAUCUGCGCCGCGUUGAGAAAGCUUUUGCCCUCCUCAAUUCGCCUGACGUCAGUGAGUCUAUGACUGCGGCGUGGACUUACUACGUUUCGUCCAAUAGUCUUCUUACCGAGCUGCGUGGCCUAACAAGGACAUAUCCGUUCAGUUCAUACUGCGUGGAUGAAGCGAAGAGGAGAGUGUAUGCCGAUCCGGCGAGUAAUCGCAGUUGGAACUUGUGCUGGCUGGUUCUCAAGAAGAUCAAAAAUGAUGGCUUGAUUGGGUACUAUGCCCAGUACCAGGCUGGUCUACCUGCUACUUGGGGUGGGCAUACGCCUACAGACGCGCAGAUCGCACAAUUGACGGAUAUCCUUGUUCGAGAGUGGAAGGGGGCAUUGGAGCAGAUGCUGAGGUACUGGGAGGCGCCCCCUACGCAUUAA